AUGGAUACCCCGAGAAAUCGAAAGCAGCGCCGUGCUGCAGCUGCAAAUUCAGAGCCCACCGAGCUAGGCAUUCCUCUUGCCCAACCAAAUCGAGACCGCCAGCCAGAAACAAGGACCUUAUAUGACAUCAUUGCAGAGCGUCAGGGUGAGCUCAUGGGACAAGCUGAAAGCACAGCGGCUGCCAAAGGAUUGAAAGUUGGAAAUAGAUUACCAGAUGCAGUAAAAGGAGCGAGGUUCGUGACUGUUGAUGAGUCGGGGGAUCUCGUGGACACGGAGGAGGACAUCAGCUUCACGACAAAGCCGGAAAAGAGGAAAACUGGACGCAAGAUACACGACGAAGGCGCAACUUCAAGCACUAGCGCAAAAGAAAAAGAAAUCAUCGAUCAACCUCUCCCUCCUCUAGUCGAUACGGUCCUCCUCUCCUUCCCGCUCACAACCCUCCACCUCACCCUCGCCUACCUAGCCGCGUACCAAUACGCCGAAGAAACAAAUGUCCCGCGCCUGAUACGAGAUGCAGUCAUCUUCACAUUCCCACUGCUGACACUUAUCGUCCACUUCUUCCAUGGACAUCUUAUCUCUAUCAGAAUACCCGGGAAUUGGGGCUUUCUCAACGCGCCGCCUGUGAGCAUCAUUCCGCUCACAGCAGACAAAUUUUCUUUCUCCUUUCUUUGGCGCCUUCUAUUUCCGCCUACCAUUCGGACUCUUGUCUACCUUCCCAUUGCUGCUCUCCUUGGCGCAUAUCUCAUUGCCAUCACGAAUGGAGAGCCAUACUAUGCGGUUAUGAGAAAGGCACCUGCGUAUGGCACUAUGUGGGUCUGGUGUAUUUUGGAGAUGUCUUUCGGGCCCGCAGUUCUAGGUUCAAUUGGACCAUUGGUUUGGGGGGUAUUUUAUAUGGGCUAUGGCAUUUUCUAA